AUACAAAUAUCGAACAUGAUAGGAAAUGGACCACCUCUUUUUACUGAAAAAGCUGGAGAAGAUCCAUCAGAUUGGAUUUUAGAAUUCAAGAGAUUUUUGGUGAAGCAAAAACCUGGUAUGAAAACGAGAUCAAAAGUAGAAACUGGCAAUGUGAUAAUAUUCUUGAUGUUUCUUGGAGAAGCCUUGAUUGUAAGAAAUAAUGCUGGGGGUGAUAUUACAAUAACCGGUGCUAAUAUUAUUCCAGCAGAUACAUGGGAUGAAGAUUGGAGUAUAGCUGGAGGACAUCCUGCACCUGUAGGAACUCCAUCUCCAGCCAAUUAUGCGAAUGCUGGUGCAGUUGAAGCACAAAAAAAUUUGCUUUUCUUUGGUCAGAUUAUGCAAAGAGGUAUGUCAAUACUCGAAUAUAAUGCCAAGAUAUCAAAACUUGGAAAACUUGCUGGAUUACCAGAAUCAAAAAUGAGAGAGCAAUAUAUUUGGGGAUUAAAUCCUAUGAAUCAAUACAAUAUCCGCAUGAUGGCUAAAUAUCAUGACACUAGAGAUAAUAUUACAAAAGCAUUAGUUGAAGCAGAAAAAUUUUCACUAUUACAAGGCAACUUUCCAUUCCCACCUUCUGGAGGUCAACCUCAAGAAGAACAGUCUAAUCAAAUCAUACUUUCACAAAAUGAUUUCAAAAAACUUAUAGCGGGAAAACAAAAAGCUGAUGAACUUGCUAUAGACCGUUUUUUAGAUAGUAUUUUUGAUAAUACAGGUUUACCAGGAGAUGAUUAUGAUUAUGACCCGGUUGAAGAUCUGAGAUUACAAUUCGAGGAGUUGGAUAUCAAUCAAGCAAAAUUAGCUCGAUUAAUACAUGCAGUUUUAAAGUCAUCCCAAUACAGAUGUUCAAAGUGUGAUGAAACAGUACUUGCAUCCAAGGUUAAAUUAAUUGAGCUCAAUAAAAAGUUGCAACUUCAUAUAAAUAAGUCUGAGAAAGUUGCCAAUGGUGAUAUACUAUUCGGGAUACAAAAUACUCUAGAAAAAGCAAAGAUUGAUUAG